UGCUAACAUAGACUAUGAUGUGAUUGAAAUGUAUCCUGUUGAACAUGAGAUAUGAUUUGACAGAUGCUCUACAUACUCUUUUGAUAAAUUCAUGGAAGAUAUGUCUGGAAAAAAUAAACUGGGGCAGAAGCCAGACUCUUAGUUUGGGGGAUAGAUAUUGACAGUUGAUCUGAAUGGAGAUUGACUAGUAAUGAUCUGUAAGAAGAUGUUUAUGUUUAGGUGGAAUGAACAGGUAGCACAUCUGUGUGUUGAAGUUGUUGAAAAGGAUGGAUUUCAGCCAGCUGGUACUGCAGGGUCAAAUGCAACGGGUGGGCCUGGCUAUGCCACCUCUAGUGUGACAGAUGCUGGGGCAGCUGAAGGUGUUGGUGGUACUGGGGAUACCUGUAGCUUACCAAAUCAUGCAAAAGAGCCUUUUGGACAAGUGGAUUGGAGUACACUUACAAUUAUUGUUGAUGCUCAUUAUGAUGGUGAUAUGGUUACACUUGCUGAUGAGAAUAAAUUGUUUGAGGUAAUGGGUUUUAAAGAAGCAGAUGAGAAAGCAGAAGAAGAAGCUGCAAUAGAGUAUGGAAUUCCAAUGAUCCCAGCUGAACUACAAGAGGACUUGAGAGAAGCAGGAAUCCCGGUUGAUGACAAGGUUGAUGAAGAUCCAGUUUGGGAUUGGGACAGGGACAACCUAGAUAUGAGGGUACAAAUAAACAGUGGCACUUACACUUAUGCAUCAACAAGCAGAGUAUUAUCCACUAUGGCCUCUCAAGCAUGGGUUGCAGAAAGGGCUAUCCCAUUACUGAAGAAGAAAGCUGACAUGGGAGCAAAAGAAGUGCAGUUAGAGUUGGAGGACAAGUACAAGAUAAGCAUUCCUUAUCAAACUAUAUGGUACGAAAGGCAAAGAGCAGCAGAUAAAUUAUUUGGGACAAAGGAGAACUAGAUUUGGUUCAUGGAGCAGUUAAGAAAUGCAAUUGGGCCUGUGCCAAACCUUGUAGUUUGCACUGAUGCAUGCAAAGGCUUAGAAGCAGCAGUGAAGCUGGGUUUCCCAUGGGCAAAACAAAGAGAAUGCUUCAAACAUUUGAUGGAAAACAUGAAGAAAAGGUAUACUGGAAAUGCUUAUGGGAAGUACAUGUGGCUUGCAGCUAGAGCUUUCAAUCCUGACAAGUACAAACAUUUCAUGGAUAAGGUUUUCUCAGCUAGUCUAGAUGUAGAGAAGUGGUCGAAUGAGCACCCCAAGUUGUUAUGGUCUUGAAGUAAAUUUUCAGAGCACGCAAAGUGUGACUACAUCAACAACAAUCUUGCAGAAUGUUGGAACAAUUGGAUUAAGCAGUACAAGGAUUUGCCUGUGCAUUGCAUGUCAGAUGCUAUAAGCGAGAAACUGGUUAUUCUGUUUGAGAAGAGGAGAAGGAUAUCAAAAGCACUUGAUGGGGUGAUUCUACCAGCUGUUGUUGACCAGUUGAAUGCUGCUUCUAGGCAUUUAGGUCAUCUGAAGGUCACCAAAGGACAUCCAGAUCAGGCUGAGGUUAGUUUCAUAUACAAGGAUGAAGAGAUAAGGAGGCAUGUUGUUUACUUGGAUAAGAGGACAUGCACAUGUAGGGGAUGGCAAAUGACUAGUAAGCCUUGUUCUCAUGCACUGGCAGUCCUGCCUACUGGAAAGCAGCCCAAUAUGGAGCCAUAUGUGGAUAUGGCCUACUCCGUGCAAAGGUUUCAGCUGCAUAUGCAGGUGUUAUUCCAAACAUCACAGACAGGAAUCAGUGGCCCCAAGUUACAAAAGAUUUCAAAUUUCUCCCACCAAUUGCCCAAAAAAAAGGUGUUGGCAGACAAAGGAAAAACAGAAUUCUAUCAGCAUUGGAAAGAAUUGGAAAGGCUACUAGACAAGUGAAAUAUGAAGGUUGUGGUGAGUUUGGUCGCAGAAGGGGCAGCUGGAAAUGCCAGUUGACUGGCACUAAGAAGAUGAAAAGGAGCAAGAAGACCAAAGCAAAGCCAGGCAGGAAAAAGGCUAAAAAGGUGACCACCCAAAAUGAAGCAGCACCAUGCACACCAAUGACAAGGGCUGCAGUGGCAAGAGAGGUGCCAGCAGUAGCAGCUCAAGCAGAGGCAGAAGCAAAAGCAGCACAAGCACAAGCACAAGCAGCAGCUCAAUGUCUACCACCACCAACCACAAGGAGGCUAGCACUGGAGCAGCAACAACAGGAAGAAGGCAGCUCAACAAUUCAGCCAGCAGAAGAAGGUAGCUUAGCACUUCAGCCAGUCAAAAAAUUGACACCUAGGAAGAAGUAGUUAGCCACCAAGGUCAAGAAAUCACCUGCCAAGAAGACAGCACCCGCCAAGAAGUGAAGUCCAUGCAAAAAAGAGCAUUUUGCUUUGCCAAACCAUUGUCCUUUUGCUAUGCUUUUGGUCAAGAACUUGGGAUGUGGCCAUUCCUAUGUCAUGUGCUUUUACUAUGUUAUGUGGCUAAGAACUUCUAUGGUUUGUUCUGAAUGUUAUGUAGGCAUGUUAUUUAUGGGAUGGCCAAAAACUUUAUUUGAAUGGUAUGGCCACGAACUUGAUAUGUAUGGUAAAGAACCUGUAUGGUCUAUGCUGGAUGAAGAAUUUCAUGACAUACCAUGUGACAA